UGGUUAUGCAACUCAAGUUUCGACUUUUAAACCACUUUCCAAUCCGCUUGCCGAUUGGUGUCACAAAAUAGAGCAUGUUUUCUGAUAUUACGAGAUUGCAACUCAUAACCACGGCAUUGCAAUGAAGAUCCUUUUGAUCGAUCUAAUUUAGGGCAAAAAGCUUCAAUGUUUAAAAUUGCCAAAAGUUCCAUUGGGUUCCAAACAACUCUGCAAUUCCAUGAAGUCGGGAGCAUCAGCCGCGUCGCCAACGGCCAAAGGCUUCAAAUUUGGAUCUUCCAGACUCUUAGCCCUGGCGCAGCAGCUGCGUGUAUACAAGCCGCCGCUUUAUUCACUGUUCGACGAGGCGGAAGAGAUGCGUGGAUACAAGGAAAGCACCACGGAAUCGAUCUCCCACGUUGGGUUUCAGGAAUCUAUGGCUCCGAUGAGGUUCUGACCGAAGAAAGCUGCUGUCUUGAUAUGUCUUUUCGAAGGAGACAAUGGUGAUUUGCGUGUGAUCCUCACUAAGAGGUCUUCCACAUUGUCUACUCACUCGGGAGAAGUUUCUUUGCCAGGUGGUAAAGCAGAAGACCAUGAUAAGGAUGAUGGGAUUACUGCAACAAGAGAGGCAGAGGAAGAGAUUGGAUUAGACCCUUUGCUUGUUGAUGUUGUUGCUUUCCUCGAACCAUUUCUGUCUCAGCAUUUGCUUAGAGUAAUUCCUGUGGUAGGAAUAUUAUGGGACAGAAAAGCAUUCAAUCCAACGCCAAAUCCUGCAGAAGUGGAAGCCGUGUUUGAUGCACCCUUUGAAAUGUUUCUGAAGGAUGAGAAUCGGAGAUCCGAGGAGUUUGAGUGGAUGGGGGAAAAGCAUUUGGUCCACUUCUUUGAUUACAAAACAGGAGAUAGUGAUUAUGUUAUAUGGGGUUUAACUGCCAGAAUCUUGAUAAGAGCUGCAACAGUGGUUUAUCAACGACCACCUGCUUUCAUUGAACAUAAACCUAACUUGAAGUACUCCAAAAUGAACCUGGCUACUCGUUUAUAUGGAUAGCAGAAGCCGCUGGCAAAUUUACAUGAAUCUUGUGAAAAUGGAAGAUUACUAGGUCAUGUCCCAGCAUACUGCUUGCGUUAUCUAGCUGGAAUACCAUCAAGAUGAUCGUUUCUGUGCAUAUCUCAAUCGUUUGACCUGAAAGCCAAGGUCUCCUGUAACUAAAGAAUACCCCUGCCAUUGUAAAAAAGGAUGGGGCAUUCCGAGAAUCGAACUCGGGACCUCUCGCACCCAAAGCGAGAAUCAUACCACUAGACCAAAUGCCCUGUUGUUGAUGUGAUUCGUGUCUUUCUUGGUGGACUUGGCAAAAUGUGGUUACCAUUGUUGAUGAAUCUGGCAUCACAAUUAGUCUCAUUCUUGGAAAGUCUUUCAGCAUGCUUUUUGGAUAAAUCUGAUAUCAGAAAUCAACAAAUUUAAGCUAUCUAAUUCAUCUGAUGAGGUAGCAAAGCUCGGUCUUGAAAAAUCUGGCCAGCAUGUGGGUGCUUGUGCUGCUUUCUGAUAUUUUCGGUUAUAUGAAACAUUGGAACUCGUUUCCUGGUGGAAGAAAUCUAAUACAUCUGAUGCGAAAGAAAAGCUCGUUCUUGCCUUCUUGGAGAAUCUGGCAGCAUAGCGCUUUGCCGUGGUGAAUUGUGUCUGAUAUUAUCUGGUUGGAAAUCUCAAUCAUAUGACCUGAAAGCAAAGCUCAUUCUCGGAGAAUCUGACCGCAUUUGCGUUGUAGCAGUGAGGGGUGGCUGAUGUUAUGUGGGUGUGGAAUGGUUCAAGAAGAGUUUACUUUUGUGCAAAUCUGAAUCAUCUGACCUGAAAGUAAAGGUGUGUUAAAACCAUAUCUCGUGCAACUCUAUAUAUAGUAGAAAGAGAAAAUGCCUAAUGAGCCUAUAAACGGCAGUAGAGGUGGAGUCUUUGAGCCUCCUAACGCUUGAAUCAGUAUGUUGCACUGCUUUUUGUAAUUUACAAAUUCAAGGGACUAGUAAAUUUUUUAGUUGAACAUGAUCUUUGAAAA